UGUUCCCAGUGCCCCCAUGUUCCCAGUCUUCCAGUGCUCAGAAUAUAAAGUGGGGGAAAGACUGAGGAAGAGGGGGCUUUCUGGAGUGAUGAUGUUUGUCUUCCCAGAUAGCUGUAACAUGGCCCUGCUCUCCUGGAACAGCUGAACACCUGCUUGCCCAUGCGAAGUGGCGACUUAAAUUCUUGUUUUGCUUUGCUUGUGUGUGUGGUCUUUGCUUUCCCUAUUAGUGCAUCUUAAUGUCAACCCACGAGUUUUCCAGCUUUUACCCUUCCCAUUCUCUCCCUGACUUUGCUAAUGGAGAAGCGGAUGUGUUGGGCUUGGUUGCUGGCUGGGGCUAAACCACAACUGUUCUUAUUUGUCACCCAGUGUGGGGCACUGAGGGUUGGGAUAACAAUGGAUCUGUCCAGAGUAGGCUGGAAACAGACUUGAUCUCAGCAUCUGCUGUGUUAGGGCCAGAGCCAUUGGUCACAGUGGUGCUUGGUCAGUUCAUGUGGGUAUGGUACCUAACCCUGGCUCUGUUCCUGUAUUCCUGUACGUGCUCCUUGGGAUGGCCUUUUACAGAGCAGGGACAAGGAUUGAUAUUUCCUUGUUGUACUGUGGGAUAAGAGUUUAUGACAUGAUAACAUCAAGGGCAAUGAUGGUACUCUGGGAUGUGUAUUCAGUGCUGCCCUCCUGCCCUUACUUCAGCACUACCUUUGGGUAAUAACUGUACCCAGCCUGUGGGGGGGAACGGGGGAAGGAUGAUUUCCCCCUUUUUUCCCCCCUUUUCCUCCUUCAGGCCUAUCACAACAGCAUUUGAGAAUUUUGAAUUCCCUUUGGAUGGUAAGGAAAGCAUGUUGCAUGUUCUUGUUGCUAUGUCUGCUGGCUCAGUGCAGUCCACACUCUCUUUAGAGUCAUGUUUGGGGGCAGAACAGAGAUUUCCAAGAAGGCCAUUCAGAGACCUGUCCCAAGGGGGAAUAGUCAUGAGUGGUAUGGAAUGUGUGAGAAAAUUGGCCAAUUUUUUGAGAAAUUCUCUGCUCCAGUGGUUUGGGAGUUCACCCCUGAACAAAUACAGGACUGAUAAAGUGACAGAAUAGUUGCAAGGAGAAUGCUGUGGCAACUCCAGCGAUGAGCAGCUUACUGCAGUGUGUUUUGCCCUGGCUACUCCUUUUGGACACUGGUGGUCAGUAGACAGCACCCUCAGGGGAGGAGGAGGAAGAAACAGAGCAGCAGGCACCGUGGCUACACCAACUGCAGCUGAACCAGGGGAACAACCCGUGCUGGGAGCAGUCACCCCUGCACAGAAGAAGGAAUCCAAGACAAAAUCAGUUCAGUUAGCAAGGGAUGGCAAAGCAGGGCCCUUAGGACAGGAGGAAGAGGAGGCAGGGACAGAGAAAAUCACCUGGUCCGUGUCCAUGGGUGAGCUGUAAGAUGUGUGAAAAGGUUCCAGCUGCCAGUUAGGUGAGCCCCUGGUGACCUGGCUACUCCAGUGCUGGGAUAUCCUGGCCCAUGAUAUGGAAUGGGAUGGUAGUGAUGCCAGGCAACUGGGAUCCUUGUCCUGGGAUGUGAACAUUGCCAAGGGCAUCAGGAAGAAGACAGAAACUCUCAGGCUCUGAAGGCACCUCCUGUCAAGUGUGAGGGAAAGGCAUUCUCCCAAGGAUGAUUGAGUAGUGCACUGAGACAAGUGGAACACUGUGGAACAAGGUACCCAGUAUCUUGGAGAGCUGGCUGAGUCUACUAUAGGGGUUCAAAUAACAAAGUCCCCUGUGGGCCCAGAUGUCCAGUGUACACAGUCCUCGUGGCACAAGUUUGUACAGAGCACGCCAUUGUCAUAGGCCGACUGACUCACUGUCGAGUAAAUUGGCAGAGGGAGCUGUCUGGUAUCACCUGUUGUCAGAGGGGGGUCUGCCAUGUGAAUCUGUUCUUUUCCUGUGCCCCUGUCAUUAGUAUUGUUGUUGUUACUGUUCAUUUUCUUAUAGCCAGUAAAUUGUUCUUAUCUCAACUGGAGAUCUUUACCCUUUGUGCCUCCAGUUCUCUCCAUCCUGCCACUGAGGGAAGGGGGAGAGGAAAGCAGGGGAGGGAGAGAAUGGGCAUGGUUUGGAGGGUCUCUGUGGGGGCACUGAACAGGGGAGUACCAUUCCUAAACCACAACAGAUCCCAGUGCUCCAAUCCUCCACACCCCCAGUGCUCCCAGUGUCCCCAUUGUCCUGGGACCCACAGUGUCCACUGAUUCUGGCUCCCAGUCCUCCCAGUGCUUCUGGCUCCCCAUUCUCCUGGUGCCCAGUGUUUCCAGUACCCCGAGUUCUCAGUGCCCAGUGACAGGAGCUCAGCUCCAGCAUCAGGACCACAGCUGCUGGUACUACACACCAGUCUUGGGACCCCAGCCACAGCAUUGGCCCCAGGCCCCCUUGUGCAGCCCAGGGCUACCUCCCAGCCCCAGCCUGGCCCCGUCUCCGUUGCCAGCCCCACUGAGCUGGUAACCAGAGCUCCGAUAGCAGCUGCAGCUGAGGUGACACCAUCAAUAAUUGAGUGGCAGCAGGGCUCCACACAGGACUGCCUGCCUCUGCCUGCCUGGAGUGUGGGGACAGCCUCGCUCGCUUGUGAUGGUGUCUCCGGCGAUUGCCCUGGCCUUCCUCCCCUUCAUUGUCACCCUGCUGAUCCGGUACCGGCACUACCUGCUGCUGCUGUACCGGGCAGUGCUGGUGGCCUGGCUGCAGGACCGGCUCACCGGCACCUCGCGGGAGCAGCGUGCCUUCCAGUACCUGCUGGCCCAUGCCAUCCCUGGGGACCCCCACCACAUCCUCCAGACCUUCGACCAGUGGUGCUACCACUGUGAGCACCUCAGCUGUGUGGGGCCUGACAAAGGGCGGAUCGUGGAGCGGGUGCUGUUGGAGCGGGCACCACUGCGGGUGCUGGAGCUGGGCACGUACUGUGGCUAUGGCACCGUGCUGCUGGCACAGGGGCUGCCCCCAGGUGCCCGCCUCUACACCAUCGAGGGGGACCCCCGGCACGCCGCCGUGGCCGAGAAGGUCAUCCGCCUGGCUGGCUUCAGUGAGCAGACGGUGGAGCUGAUCGUGGGCCCCUCGGAGGAGGUGAUACCCCGCCUGCGGGAGAAGCACGGCCUGACGAAUGCCAACCUCGUCUUCAUGGAUCACUGCAAACGCUGCUACCUGCGGGACCUACGGCUGCUGGAGAGCCACCAGCUGCUGGCUGAGGGGGCCACCAUCCUGGCUGAUAAUGUCCUCUUCCCUGGGGCACCCCACUUCCUGCAGUACGCCAAGACCUGCGGCAAGUACCACAGCAAGGUGCACCGCGCCAGCCUGGAGUACUUCCGCGCCAUUCCUGAUGGGAUCGCCGAGCUGCGCUACACCGGCACCCACUGAGCGAGCAAGGAGCUCCUGCCUUGUGGUGGCCACGGUUACCGGCAGGGUGCCAGGUCCCCAACCCCCAUCUCAGCCUCAACAUGGGCUCUGGAGGAAAUGCAGUGGCUGCUGUGG